UCACAGUGAACCGACACGCUUCUUGUCUUGUAUGUUGUCUUUAUCAUUCUGCGAGUGAGAGACAAUAUUGAAGAUUCUUAGAAGAAGAAGAAGAAGAAGAAGAUGUUGCAGCUACUCUACACUGCGAUUUUUGGCGAAAUGCUUCUAAUUCUUACCCUCGUUUUCAAGACCCCACUAAGGAAACUGGUCAUCAUUACCUUGGAUAAGGUCAAGCGUGGUCGCGGUCCCGUCGUCGUCACCACCGUGGGUGCCACCUUGGUGGUGGUGUUUUCUUCCAGCCUCUAUAGCAUGGCCAAGAUCCAACAACGCACCAUCGAGGCCGGUGUAGUUAACCCCACCGAUCAAGUUCUUAUGUCCAAGCACAUGCUCGAAGCUUCUUUAAUGGGGUUUGUACUUUUCCUCUCUCUGAUGAUUGAUAGAUUGCACAAUUACAUAAGAGAACUUCGUUUACUGAGGAAGACCGUGGAAGCUGUUAAGAAACAAAGCCGAAAUUUCGAGGACGAUAAAAAUGGCAAUACAGAGGAGCAUAAAGCAUUGGCAGAAGAAAUUGCCACAUUGAAUUCCAAAGUUAAGAAACUGGAAUCUGAAUGUGAAGUGAAAGGAAAUAAGGCUAAGGAUUUGGAAACUGAAGUAGAGACUCUUAAAAAGCAAUCUGAGGAGUUCCUUAUGGAAUAUGAUCGCCUCUUGGAAGACAAUCAGAAUCUUCGGAGUCAAUUGGAGACCAUUGACCAGAGCUCUAUGCAUGUUGAUAAUAAAAAGAGUAUUUAAUCGCUUUGGAGAAUGAGGUCACAGUUUCAUACACUUAUGUGUAUAAAGACAGAUAUGAGCUAUGUGGAUUGAAUGAACUUACUAUACUUAAAGCAUUUCACAGUCACCUUUUAACCUUAUUGUUGAUGUAUAAUGUCAAGUAGAUUAUCAAGGAACGGUUACUGCCUUAGGUGGAUUUUGAGCUAUAAUAUUCAUAGUUGCCAUGCAACUAUGCAUCAGUCAGUGAACUUGGAAAAUUAUGGUGGUUAACGUGCACAAUGGGUAUAAGAUCA